GAGUUAAGUUUUGUGGAUUGUCAUAGAGGGGAUCGACUUUGUUCGCCAUAGUCAUCAAUGCAGUAUGACUACUAGUGGGACUGAAGGUUGUAGCAAUGGUCUGUCUUGUAAAAUGGAUCACCUUCUAACAGCUGUAGAGCAUGAACUACAGGCUGGUAGCGAGAAGGGCGACCCUACCGAAAGAGAACUUAAAGUUAAUUUAGAGGACAUCGAUUUGUGGAUACGAUUCAAAGAACUUACAAACGAAAUGAUAGUCACCAAGAAUGGCAGACGAAUGUUUCCUGUGCUAAAGGUUAAUGUCACCGGUCUUGAUCCAAAUGCCAUGUACUCUUUUUUGAUGGAUUUUAUGACUGCUGACAACAAUCGUUGGAAAUAUGUGAAUGGAGAGUGGGUACCAGGUGGCAAACCUGAGCCUCAGGCUCCCAGCUGUGUUUAUAUCCACCCAGACUCUCCCAACUUUGGUGCUCACUGGAUGAAAGCCCCAGUUUCAUUCAGCAAAGUUAAACUUACCAAUAAGAUGAAUGGUGAAGGACAGAUUAUGUUAAAUUCAUUACAUAAGUAUGAACCCAGAAUUCAUAUAGUAAGAGUUGGAGGACCACAGAAAAUGAUUACCAGUCACUCAUUUCCAGAAACACAAUUCAUAGCUGUGACAGCCUACCAAAAUGAAGAGAUCACUGCUCUAAAAAUAAAACACAAUCCAUUUGCCAAAGCUUUUCUGGAUGCCAAGGAAAGAAGUGACCAAAAAGAUUUCAUCAAUGAAACUGAAAACAGUCAACAAUCUGGGUAUUCUCAGUUGGGUAGCUGGCUGAUUCCUGGAUCUAGUUCACUUUGUUCGUCUGCCAAUCAUCAUUCUCAGUUUGGAGGUCCUUUAACCCUUUCCUCAUCCCAUGGCUGUGAAAGAUUUACUUCAUUGAGAAACCACAGAUCGUCUCCGUAUACAAGUCCAUAUACCUACAGAAAUAAUUCUCCCUCAAGUUUCACAGACAGCCCUUCUACAUGUAUCCCCAUGUUUCAAUCAAAUGACCAUUGGCCUGGAUUACAGAUGCAAUCACAUUCAAAUAUGCUCUCAAUAAGUCAUACCAAUGGAACCUCCACAAGUUCUUGUCAAUAUCCCAGUUUGUGGUCUGUAAGCAGCAGCACAAUAGGACCACUGUCUCAGUCAGGAGGGGUUACGAAUGGAGCAGGAUCUCAAUACCUAAGGAGCUCUACUACACAUUAUACACCAUAUAACCAAAUAGUCCCUUCCCCAUCAAUGGAAUCCCCUUUAUAUGAAGGCGGCAACACUGACUUGGAAGAUAACCAGUUUGAGAUUUUAACACAGGAAAGAUUAGCACCAGUUUGGCCUCCGCUGACACCUUCAUUAUAAAGAAAGGACUUGGAGUUGUCUUUAAAAUAUCAUAAAAUAUCAUCCAAAUAUAGUGGCAUUUAACUUAUGGGGGUUUUAAAAAUAUUAGGAAAUGAAAAUUAUUUUCCUAUGGGAUGGAAAUAUGUCUAAAAUGGUUUAAAUGGCAAAAUUGCCUGAUUAUAUAAAAAAAAAAAACCGUGUACACUAUGCUCUUGUAUUUGUUGAUAAAAACAAACUAAAUUAAUAAGUAACAAAUACUAUGCAGGGACAGACAUGCACACAUACGUUCAAACUGAAAACAGUGGUUUAAUAUUUAAUAGUAUUGGCCAUUCCUCUGAGUUACACUAUAUGGCAUAAAAUGCAAAUUAAUUAUUAUAUUUAUUAUAACGCAUAUAUGAUGCACAUAACGAGGCCACAAAAACAUGUAGCCAACAAAAUUAAAAAAAACUAUUUAAAUUGCAACAAAUCGGUUUGCUUGCAAAGCUUUUAGCAGAGCAUAUAAAUAUUGUAAAUUCAUGUUUUAAAAACUGUUUGACAGGGUGAUAUCACAAUAAAAUUUGUUUGUAUGCAGUGUAUUAUAUUCAAACCUUUAUUGUUGUUUGUGAUGUGCACAAUGAUUUGAUGUUCAUAAUAAAACUGCCAAGAUGGUCUCAUGUGUUUAAAUACACACAUACAUUCUGAGGUUACUGUAAUGGGAACCAGGGGGUUUAGUGGGACUGGACAUAGUUUAUAUAACCAUAUUAGCAUGGAAAAGGGAGUUGAUGUAGACAGGAAAAAAGAAUUAACAUAAUUAAUACUAGCAAAGGAUUUAUGCAGACACCAUUGGCCCCAGACUAAUCUCACACAUUCAACAAAAGCAAAUACACAACAGAGGUGAAGAUAUUGGGGAAGUAACACUAGACUAGACGGUGAGUCAGUGUUAAUAUACAUACAAAUGGAAUGAAGGUGAAAAUACAAAAUACUACAAUUUAACCCCUGUAAGUCAACGUACAAUUGAAAUCUCACUUUUUUUUUUUUUUUAAAUAAUAGCCUUACACUUACAUUUUAAUAUUAAGUUCAGUUGAAUAGUUGGUUGUUUUUAACAUAAUAAUUGUUUAAAUAUCAUGCUUGACAUCAUAAUUAAGCUUGUGAGUAGGGCCAUCUUUACCUAAUGUAUCUGUUUUUCUGUCAGUUCUGGCUGUCAUACUCCUUGAAUAUAUGUGCAUGUACAUAUUGUAUGAAGUGCUGCAUAAAUUGUCGGCACUAUAUAAAUUUAACCCCUUGAGAA